GACACACUCUCUCUUGCUGUUGAACAUAAAAAUACUUAGCAAAUUUAUCCAAGGCUAGUCUAAACUAACAAUAGGGCCUAUAGCAUAUUAAGGCUCUCCAGUUGGAAGUCAAAACAUUUUUUUUUGCAUAUCAACUUUUGAAUAAAAUAAGGAUGGUGAACUAAAAAGUGAAUCCUGAAUCCAGAAUGGAGAUUGUAUGACUAGGAUCAACCAUGGUGAAAAAACUCAAAGACCUCUGUCUACAAUGCAUCAGCCGCAACCUACACACAAUCAGCCAAGUUGGCAAGCUCUUACCAACCCAGCACAAGGAGGCGCUCUUACGCCGAUUGGUCGACCAUGACAUGCUAACGUUAGAAUACCUACCGUACGUCACAUACCAUCUGUUUUCACCUGCGAUCAAAAAAAUCUGCUUUAACCGAUGUCCGCAAAUAUCUGACUCAGUACUUAUCCAGCUGGACUUGUGCCUCUGCAGACUUGAGAACAUCACCAUCAAUGGCUGCACACAAGUUACAGACACAGGGAUUGAGGUGUUGAUGGGCAAACAAACUGAACUUGCAGUAUUGAAGUUAAGAAGUCUUCCCCAUCUCACAUGCAAGGGUCUGCAGACGAUCAAUUCAAAAAAGCUGAGGCAUGUCGAUCUGUUUAACUGUGGAAAUAUUGGGAACAAAGGUAUUCAAAGUUUAGUGACCAAAAAUACAAAGAUCAAAGUUUUGAAUCUGGAGCUCUGUUACAAACUCACAGAGGAAAUUAUCCCAGACAUCGCCAACUUCUUGAAAGAUGAUUUGGAGGAAUUAAACCUAGGCUGUCUAAACACACUGAGUGAUAACGCAUUGUCUUUAUUAGCAGUCCAGUGUAAAAAUCUUAGAAAAUUAUGUCUACAUGGAUGCAAUAGAAUUACAGGGGAGUGUAUGUUACAGUUAUUUUCAAAUUGUUCUAAGCUGCAAGAGCUUGACCUUUCAUUCUGCUACCACAUCCUUGAUGACCCGUAUCAGGAUGUGUUGGAGUACCUGCCUCAGAGCAUCACGUCGCUGUCGCUGGGAGGACUACAGGCUGAUGGGGACAUGCUUCACAAUGCUCUUGCUCGACUACCGAACCUGUACGACCUCAAGCUGUGUGGAGUGAAUUCUUUGAAUGAAACACAUGUUGAAAAGAUAUUUGGUUGCAUUGGUGGAAAACUGACCAAACUGGAUCUAAGCGGCUGUAACCAAUCAGCAUGCGAUUCAACAUUAAAGUCAAUUGUGAAGUAUUGUGUGAACUUAGAGGAGCUGGCCUUGGCAUUCUGCAUGAGAAUCACGGGGGAGCCACUCCUGAAGCUUUUACGGGACAAUAGAAGAGCCGAGAAUUUGAAGUCGAUCAGGCUGAGUGGCUGUAGAGAUAUAAAAUAUCACGUAUUAGUGGCACUCGUUUCCUCCUGCCCGAAUCUGGAAGGACUCUUUAUGGCCGGCUUGAAGGUAUUAGAUGAUGACAUGUUGCAUAGCAUAGCAAAUAACUGUCAUCGACUGAAAGAAAUCUCACUCAAAAGUUGCAUCGCUAGCACGAAUCAAGUUUCUGAUAGUGGCCUGACCGAACUUGCUCGAUGUUGUCCAUUGAAGGAAGUUGUACUGUCAGGUGUCCAUAGCUUGACCAAUAAGAGUGUGCUAGCCCUUGCCAACAACUGUCCUGACCUCAAGUGUCUCUAUAUCUCAGGCUGUUCCAAGGUGUCAUCAGCCGCUGUCAGGUAUCUUCAGGAUGUAUGUAAUAGAAGAGUGUUUGUGGAACACAGAGUACCAAAUGCCGACCCAAACCAAAUCAUCGCCAAGAAUCUGGACACUGGCGAAUACUGCCAUGUGGACAUAAUUUGAGGGGGGAAAACGAGGAAAAAGAUGUUGGAAUCCAGAUGGGAAUCAACAUGUGAACAUUACUCACCGAAAUACAGAAGCUGCCUAUCAUCAAGUUGUCUAACGUCGUAUAAAUUAUGGUAGGCAUUCUGCACCUGUUUCUCAUAAUGUGCUAACAAGAACGUGUCUACAGGUGAUCGCCUUGCCUGUUAUUAAUAAACUAAACUUAACAUAUGACUUCAAGUAGUUUGUAUAGUAUAUUUUUUAAUGGUAUGAGUGUGUGAAGCGUACACAUUCGACUUCGAGCGAAAAAAAAAGGACGGAUAUCUUCAGAUUGGACUAUCUAUACAUUGGAUACUGAUGCUAAGGUCUAACAGAAUGCAAAGUAAACGUAUAUAAUCUUGUUAUUUGAUGCACAUAUUUCUGGAGUGUGUAGCUCAAAAUAGAUAUCACAACUUCAAAGAUUUCCAACUUUAUUCAACUUAAUUUCAGUUACAACCACCAGACAUUUAAAGUUUUGUCAUUAGGGAGCUUUCGGUUGCACCAUGACAGUAGGAUGUAUAACGUAAUGACGUCACUAAAAGUCGUCUGCGCAUGCGAGAACGUGAAGUUCUCCUUGUUGCAUACAUGGAUUUGGCCAAAUCUAUGUAUGCAGAGAGCGUAGGACGCCCAGUAGGACGGUCACAUAUGAGUGAUUCCAUUCUACCGUCGCAUCGUCAAACAAAAUCCAAUGUGAAACAGCAUAACUCCAUUAAGGUCAUUUGUACAUACUGUAUUUCUAUUGAGGAACUUGUCUAUAUAGUGGUUUGCCUUUUUAUUAAGUUUUUAUUGAGUUUAGGAAAAUCACAAAAGCUGUUAGUGAUGUGUAAUAUUAUUAUUAUUAUUAUUAUUACUAUUAUUAUUAUUAUUACUAUUAUUAUUAUUAUCAUUAUUAUUAUUAUUAUUAUUCAUUACUACUACUACUAUUACUGUAUUAAAUAAUAUUAUAUAUAUUAUUCUUAUUAUAAUAAAUUAAAGUAUAUAAUUAUUAGAAUUGAAAGGUUUUAUGCUUGCUUUGUGGUAAACAGUCUUGCUGGGUGUUAUGCCAAUGUUAUGUUGGACAUUUUUAGGUCAAACUAAGCAUGUACCUGGUCAGUUUGACCAAAACAAAUGUAGUGUGAAACUGUGUAAAGCCCUGUCCAAAUUUUAUUGGACAAAAACAUGGGACACACCUAAAUAUGGUCAUGAUGACAUCACAUCAUGACCGUAUAUAGCAUAGGAAGUUCAACCAAGCAAAAAGUCAGAUGGAAACAGUGCGACUCGAUUAAGUAUCCCUGCUACUGCUGCCUACCUAUCUGAACAUGUCACUGAAUGUAUCAACGCAUUCGCAAAAUGAAUCCAACAUGAACACUGAUUAAUGAAAUUAUCAUUAAAGCUGUUACCUGAAAGCAUUAAUAUUAUUUUUCUAUUUUUAAAACAGAACAUCUUUAUCAUUAUUAUUAACUUUGAAGAUUUUGAUCUGUCAUAUAUUAGUAUUGUUUUAAAUAUUACGAAGUAAAUUAUUGUUAUUAUUCAUAUUAUCUAUGUUUUAUGCUGCCAUCCAUUUGCAUUAAUGUUUAUAUCCUGUUACGUUGUUGAUAUGUAUUUGUGUUAAGUACUUGAGUGCAGUAAUAAUGCCUUAUUCAUUUUGUAUUAUUAUUCUUAAUUUAUAUGUGCCUGCGUUGGUGGAAUUCAUUUAUUAUUUUCCUGUUAUUUUCUCUCCCAGUUAGGUUACUAUAUUAGCUUCCUCCAUUAUGAUGCAUCUUGCCUUUAAACAAAUACAUGUAACCAAAUUUGAGUGCUUGGCCAACAGGAGGUCCCUGGAGAACCGUAACCCCUUAUCAGGGGAACGCCCUCCCGUCGGACAGGCCUAAAUCCACCAUCAUCUGAUGACAAGGCAAGGUCGUCGAACCAAAAAUAAUUGCCUAUCCAAAUAACAUUAUUUUGAUUGGCAAUCCCCUAAUACUGUGGUGGGCCAUACUAAGCCAUAAAAACUACUAAAUCCUACUAGGGAUUUUUAUUCCUGACCGAGGCUCUUAGUCGGCCCCUUGGUUCAAACUAUCCCUCCCCUGCACCCCAGUCGGAUGACGGACCACCUGACGGAAAAUUUCUGGAGCCUCCACUGUACACCGGCAUACCAAAUUGGUUUGUUAUCCUUCUUGUAAAUCUUGCCAUGCUUUGACCACUCUGAGUAUCUUCUCUGCUGCCAGCUCCACGAUUUAUUUCCGCACUCUUUCUGUUACUUUUUUAAAGUACAUUCCUUUUCACAAUACAAAUAUUUUGUGGGAAUUGUUUGAUCUAGUUUGAAUAUAAUACUGUAAAUUGAAAUUAGUUUUUACUAAACCACAAUAAUAUAUUAUAUGUACUUGCGACUUUUCCUGUGCUUUCAGCAACAAUUCUUUAGGCAAUGAACUGUUGAUAGUUUCAGUUCCGAUCGCUAGGUGGAGUACGACUUCUACAGCUGGUGCAUGGUGUCUGUGGACUGUUCUGUGGUCUUUUCCUUAACCAGAUGACUUCAUAAUUUGCUUUCUUCCCAAGCAUUAACGUUUUCCAGGAUGCUGACACCUGCCCAGCUAGGAAUAUGAUUAUGGGAGACAGAAUGGUCUGUACUAACAGAUUUAUGUAAGAUUGACGAGGAAGAGAGUCUGGAUGAUCGUGUGCAGACCCCUUGUGUGUGAGUGGCUACGUCUUUUUGGUGGUCUUGUAGUCAGGUUUUUAAAGGUAUGCCUGUCUCUCCUACAUACGGUACACAGAAUCACAAUUAGCAUAUUGGAUCUGGUAAAUAGCACCGCAUAAUGCCUUCUGGUUGAGUUUGUCCUUAGGGUGUACUUCUUGAAUAUUUGGGUGCUUUGGUUAAAAAGAAUGUGUGUAUUGUAUUUGUUAAGUAUUUUCAUAUGAGUCCCAUGUACCACAUUGAAGAUUUUGAUAAUUUUAGAUAUGUGUUCAUUCAUGGUUCUUAGGUUGCAUAUUUGGGGAGAUUGAUUGAUAUGUUUGUAUUUUCCCACCUAAAUUUAGAUAAUCUUGCAGAAUUUAUUUUAUCCAAAAUUUCCACAUCAUAGAGAUCGGAGAGAUAAAGUUUAGUAUUCGUUUGUUUACCCUGAGAAAUUUCACAAAAGUUGUUAUUCAUUAUUAAACAUUUUCCUUUCGUGAGCAUGUACAUUUGAAUGUUAGGUGAUUCAUACCAUGUAAUACUUUUCCCAUGGACUGGAUAAUGCACUACCAUCUCCGGGACGAAUUAUCUAUGCUUUUGUUCUUAGCUUUGACCCAACUUGCUAAAACAUGCCUACAUGAUCAGAUUAAAAAUAUUUCAAUACAUCUUAAACCAGUUUUUGUUUUGUGUGGUGUGCAACCUUCUAUUUAUUCUUUGGAAAAUCUGUGUUGUAAAAGGUAAACUUUCUCUUUAAGUUUUAGAUAAAAAUCGUAAAUUUGAUGGUUUUUUUUUACUGCAGUAAAUCUCAGUGGCUCUCAUUCCUUGUAUCAUGCAUGGUUUAUGUCCCAAUACAUAGCUAAUUUAUUUGUUAUUAAAAUAUUUAUAUCUAUUUGACUUAAUUUUCAAUCACCUUAAAAUCAUGUUGUUUUGAGUAUGUUUUGAAAAAUAAAUUAAGAGUUAACAGUUUACAGUGAAUCAACAACAAACAUAUUGUCAAUAAAUACUAUUAUUAUUAUUGCUAUUGUAUUUGUAUUAUACAGUAUGAUUAUUAUUAUUAUGAUUAUUAUUAUUAUUAUUAUUAUUAUUAUUGUUAUUAUUAUUAUUAUUACUACUACUACUAUUAUUAUUAUCAUUACAGUAUUAUUAUUAUUAUUAUUAUUUAUUAUUAUUAUUAUUGUUAUUUGCUCUUAUUUGAGUACUGUAAUUCAAAUCUAAUCAAUAUAUGUGUGUGGUAUAAUAUAUAGUAAUAUUUUCUUUGUAUAUAAUAGCUAUUUUGUGCUGUCAUGGACUAAUUUCUAUCUGCAAUUUAUAUCCGUUUAAUUUUUUUUGACAGUACAUUAAUUUGGAGCGCAUGUACUGUAUGAUAUAAGAAUUAUACAGUUAUUUUUUUUCCAGUAAUUAGUAUGUGUUGAAAAUGGUGUGGAACAACAGUAAUACAAUCAAUGUGGAUGGUAUGUAAAAUACACAUGGACCAAUGGCAUAGGCCCUGUUUACACUUAUGAAGCUGUAACCGAUCUCCUUUCCGAUACACACCAUAUUUACACGGGUGCAUACAGUGUAUUAAAUACUUUAGAAAUAGAAAUUUGUGAAUUAACACAGUGUUUUUUGCAAGUGUACAUGUUGACCCUCUUUACAGAAAAAUAUUUAUUAGACAUUUGAAAUAUUUUUGCAUGUUUUAUGAGAAGAUAAUUUGUAAUCACUGGAAAUUUAUAAACUUGAAAUAUUACUAUGUGUUAAAAGAUUUGUUUAGUAUUACUGGAAUUUAAACCUUUAUGUAUAUCUGAAAGUUUAA